AUGAUCUUCGUGUGGUACAAUGUCCUGAUCAACUUCAGUCCUCUAUUGCGAACGAGGUUUACGCCAGAUGUGGGUGUCGACGUGCCCGUCCGCAUACAACGCUUCUGGGGCCAGUACUCGCCGUACUACCCUGCUGGAGAGUAUAUGCCAGUUCCGACGGGUUGCAAUGUCACGCAGGUCAACAUCCUACACCGCCAUGGCGCGCGAUACCCCUCGCACUCCAAUGCUCCCGACUACAAGUCGGCGGUCGCGAAGCUCCUCCAAGCGGACAAGUACAAAGUACCCGAGCUCGAGUUCCUCAAAGACUACGAGUAUGUGCUGCCAGAAGACCACUUAGUCGCGCUCGGCGCGGAACAGAGCUGGGAGUCGGGAAUAGAGGCAUACGAACGGUAUGCGAGGCUGGUGAUGAGCGAGGAAGACUUUUUCGUGAGGGCCUCGGACCAGGAACGCGUCGUCGACACGGCGGGCAACUGGACGCGGGGCUUCGCUGACGGCAGUCGAGGAAAAGUCAAACCGAGGGUCGACCUACUCCUGUCGGAGAAGCUGAACGACACACUCGACAACAACUGCCCGAACGCGUCCGAAGCCGACGAAGAGAUGGCGACCUGGGUGCACCAGUUUGCGCCGCCGAUCGCGAAGCGCCUGGCGAAGGCUGCGCCAGGCGCGAACGUAUCCGAGGAGGACGUCUUUGGCUUGAUGUCUAUGUGCCCCUUCGAGAGCAUCGCGCACGCGAAGGUCGAGCCGCAUUUGAAGAAGACGCACAGCAAGUUCUGUGACCUGUUCGCGGAGGACGAGUGGCCGGCAUUUGAGUACCACGGAGACGUGGAGAAGUACUACAAGACUGGUCCUGGAAACCCGCUCGGCCCCGUAUCAGGCAUCGGCUACGUUAAUGAGCUCCUCGCCCGCCUGACUGACUCGCCCGUCGAAGACCACACGCAGCACAACGACUCGCUGCCGUUCCCACUGCGCAAACGCCUAUACGCGGACUUCACGCACGAGAACCUGAUGGUCGCCGUGUACGCUGCGGUGGGCCUCUUCAACGUCGAGGAGGGGGAGGCGCCGAACCCGAAGAAGAUGCCGAAGCAUUGGGACCGCCGUGUCUGGCGGGCGAGCCGUAUGGUGCCCUUCUCUGCUAGGAUGAUCGUGGAGAGGCUGGAGUGCGGGCGCGUGCGCGCCGAGGAAGAGCAGGAGGAACUGGACGACGGAUGGACGUUCGUGCGGAUCUUCGUGAACGACGCGCUGCAGCCCCUCGAGUUCUGCGGUGCCAAGACGCGCGAGGGGAUGUGUCGACUGGACGCAUUCGUGAAGAGCCAGGGGUAUGCUAGGCGAGAUGGCGAUGGGGACUUUGAGAAGUGUUACAACUGA